AGAGGCAACAAACCCUGAGCCUGAGCCCACAGCUAGGCACCAGAACUUCUGGUCUAAUGAUACCUUCCUCCUCCUGGUCAGUGUUCCCCGUGGACCACAGCAUCGAGGACUGAUCUGGAAGAGGCUGAAAGUCUGUGGCCAGGCAUACCCAGGAGUCAGGAGCCAGCAUCUGAGACCUGCUGUAUGGCUUCUCCUGAUGAAAGCCCACUGAGAGCCUGGGGCAGCUGAGUGCUAUACUUCUACUGCCUGCCCAUCAUGGGGAAGACACCGCUGCUUAGAGAAGAUGGCAAGUGUGCACGGAAUAAGUUAGGUGGGUCUAAGACCUCCUCAAAAGGCAGCAGCAGCAGCAACAGUAGUGUCUCCCCAAAGAAGGACCCUCGUGGGGAAGCCGAUGCACUAAUGUUUAUACAAAUCUUUAUCCACCUGUUGAAAAGCAACAUUGGCACAGGCUUUCUGGGACUUCCCUUAGCUGUGAAAAACGCUGGAUUGUUGAAUUCUAGCCAGUGUGGAGCAGCCCCUCAGCAGUGACACUAAAUAGGAUCCUGGGGCAGAGGACACUGAGCUAACAGCUCAUCGUGGAUAACUUCCGGUUAGUAGGUGGGGUCUGUCAGCCUCUUGGCCAUCGGAGCACUCACAGUACACUGUAUGGAUAUCCUGUUGAACUGUGCCUGCCAUCUCACUCAGAGACUGCAGAGGAGUUUUGUGAACUAUGAAGAGACCACAAUGUACAGCCUGGAAACAUGCCCAAUUCCUUGGCUGAGAACACACUCAGUGUGGGGCAGGUACGUCGUAAGCUUCCUGCUGAUCGUCACUCAGCUGGGCUUCUGCAGUGUGUAUUUCAUGUUUAUGGCAGACAAUCUGCAACAGAUCAUGGAAGAAGCUCACUUCACCUCCAAUGUCUGCCAGCCUAGGCAGAGCCUGGUGAUGACCUCCAUCCUGGAUACUCGCUUCUAUAUGCUCACCAUCCUGCCCUUCCUCAUCCUGCUGGUGCUCGUCCAGAACCCACAGGUGUUGUCCAUCUUCUCUACCUUGGCCACCAUCACCACCCUGAGCAGCCUGGCUCUAAUCUUCGAGUAUCUCAUCGAGAUCCCACACCACAGCAACCUGCCCCUGGUUGCGAGCUGGAAGACUUUCUUGUUGUUCUUUGGCACGGCUAUCUUCACCUUUGAAGGCGUGGGGAUGGUUCUGCCACUCAAAAGCCAGAUGAAGAGCCCACAGCAGUUUCCUGCAGUGCUGUACCUGGGGAUGUCCUUUGUCAUCUUCCUCUACAUCUGCCUGGGGACUCUGGGUUACAUGAAGUUUGGCGAAGACACUCAAGCCAGCAUCACCCUCAACUUGCCCAAUUGCUGGCUUUACCAGUCAGUCAAGCUGAUGUACUCCGUGGGCAUCUUCUUCACCUAUGCCCUCCAAUUCCACGUCCCAGCUGAGAUCAUUGUCCCCUACGUCGUCUCGAGAGUGUCCGAGAACUGGGUUCUGUUCGUAGACCUGACAGUCCGCACAGCCUUGGUCUGCCUGACCUGUUUCUCAGCCGUUCUCAUCCCCCGCCUGGACCUGGUCAUCUCCCUGGUGGGCUCAGUGAGCAGCAGCGCCCUGGCCCUCAUCAUCCCGCCCCUGCUGGAGAUCACCACGUUUUACUCUGAGAACAUAAGCUGUGCAACCAUUGUCAAGGACAUCAUGAUCAGCAUCCUGGGCCUCUUAGGGUGUGUAUUUGGGACAUACCAAGCCCUCUACGAGAUGACCCAGCAGGCCCACUUUUCCAUGGCCAACUCUACAAGGGUCUACACAUAAUUACUUAUUUUUAUUUGAAUAGCUUUUCCUUCCCCCACCCUCUGUUGGAUUCCCAUUAUAUGUGUUCAUCAAAACCCA